AUGCCGAUACAAAUAAUAGCACCAGCACCGUUUGUGACAGCCGACGACGAAGCGGACGACGAAGGUGGUGUUCGUCUUGAUUUUGAUAAUGAUGGGGAUAUAGCAAUGGACGGCGAUGCGCCGCGACGAGCAGCAGGCAGACAAUCUGGUGGGAUCGUGACACCCGGCGAGGUUGUCACCGAGGACCCUCAAUGGAUGCGCGGCCAUGGAACCUACCUCUCCCAACCCCUCGCUCCAGGCGGCAGUCAAUCCAUCGUCUCCUCCCUCGCCGGCACAAUCUCCAAAACAAACAAACUUCUUUCCAUCCGAGCUCUUAAAUUCCGUUAUGUCCCUGAAAUCGGUGAUCUGGUGGUCGGUCGGAUUCUUGAAGUCCAAACAAAACGAUGGCGAGUGGACAUCGCAGCUCCCCAUUCCGCAACCUUACUUCUCUCAUCGAUAAACCUCCCCGGUGGCAUCCUCCGUAAAAGAACCUCAACCGACGAACUACAAAUCCGUACUUUCUUCUCCGAAGGCGACUUGUUAGUCGCAGAAGUACAAACCCUCUCCAACGACGGUCUGGCGAGUCUUCACACCCGAAGUCUUAAGUAUGGAAAACUCCGUAACGGAGUAUUUAUGACUAUAGACGCCGGAAUGGUCCGACGGAUGAAAUCUCACGUUUUAACAAUGAAUACGUCCAAUGGUGGCGGAGAAGUCGAUAUUUAUCUCGGUGUGAACGGAUAUAUUUAUAUCGCGAAACAUACAACACCGCUUACCGAGUCCGGCGGGCCGGAAGGGAAAAGUGUGAGCAUCACGAGAUUGGAAGAAGAAGCUUCGGAGGCAAUAUAUUCAAACGUGAACGAAGAGAUAUCACCGGAGACUAGAGCUGAGAUUGCAAGAAUUGCUUGUGUGAUUGGAGCUCUGGCGAAGAACGGAGUAAAGGUUGAUGACGAGAUGGUACAUUUGGGAUACGAAGCUGCAUUGGAGGAGUUUUUGCAGGGAAUGGAGUGGGGCGGUGAUGGUGAGGCGGGGAAGAGAGUAGUCGAGGCUGCUCUUGCAAAGCGAAUGGAAGGGUAA